AUGGGUCAAAACCAAUCUGGAGUCGCAGGGAAUGCCGGAUUUAAAGACGCAGACGCAUAUAUUGAUCCGCCUCCUACUAGUCCUGAUGAAUUUACCUUCAUGAAAGUCCUUGGUAAGGGAAGCUUUGGCACUGUAUGCUUGGCUAAGCAUAAGGCCAAUAACAAGAUUUACGCCUUGAAGGUGUUAACAAAGCAGCAUGUCAUUGAGUCGCGCGAGGUUGAGCAUGCUAUAUCGGAGAGAUCCAUUCUAGCAUCCUUGAAUCAUCCCUUCCUAAUGAGGCUCUAUGGGGCUUUUCAGACGCCAACGCGCCUCAUCAUGGUGUUGGAAUACGUUCCAGGUGGCGAGCUCUUCUUCCAUCUCAAGAAAAAAGUGACAUUCGAUGAGUCCUAUGUUAAGUUGGUUGCUGCACAGCUCGUUCUAGCCAUAGAGUACCUCCACGACAUGAAUAUAGUUAUUAGGGAUCUCAAGCCUGAGAACAUUUUACUGCAAGCCAAUGGAUACAUCAAAGUAACGGACUUUGGGCUGUCCAAGCAGAAUCUUUCUAUGACACUGGGUGCCAAGACCAUGGCAGGUACAAGCGAGUACUUCAGCCCAGAGCAGGUGCAGAACUGUGGGCAUGGCAAGGGUGUUGAUAUGUGGGCCCUGGGAACCAUAAUAUAUGAGCUGCUGACGGGGUCUCCACCCUUCUACUCUGAUGACAAGCGUGCUAUGUUCAGGAAGAUUAUCGGAGAGCAGCCCAAGAUGCCAAGCUACUUCAAGGACGAUCUAAAGGACCUGCUAAAGGGGCUCUUGGAGAAGAAGCCCAGAAGCAGACUGGGAUGCAGAAAAGAAAAUGGUGGUAUCAAGGAGCUCAAGGGACACCCAUGGUUCAAUGGGAUAAACUGGGAUAAGCUCUAUAGGAAGGAAUACACCAUUCCGUAUAAGCCCACGAUAACUGAUAACUUAGACUUGAGCAAUUUUGACAAAAGCUUCACAGAGCUUGAUUUUGAUUUUUCAAGUGAGCCCCUCUAUAAACGCGAGCACAAUGCCGAUGACGAUCAGAUCUUCCAGGACUUUUGUAAGGCAUAUGCCACAAACGCGGAGGACGAGCAAAAGACGAACUGCCCCACUGACAACGAUGAAAGCAACACGUUCACACAGUCAGGACAAAUUAAUUAUGACUCAGCAGAUGCACAAGACUCUACAAAGGGCCUCCCCGCGUGCUUGGUCGAUGAUGAUGACACGGAUAUGCCUCCUCCGCCCUAG